AUGAGAGGCGUCUCGGCUUUCGCAUUCCUCAGCCUGCUGGGACGCCCUGUCGCCGCCGCCGCGCCCACUGUCACCGGCACCGACAGCUCCUCACCGUGGGCCGACGACGGCCCGCUGUGCAUGCAGUCCUGCAAGAACAGUCUGUGGCGCGUCCCGUUCGGCGACGUCGCUGAAGGCACGCGCUCAGGGCUCAGGGCCUGCUCGAGCCGCCUGGAGCUGAGGUCGACGUUCAUCUGCCUCGGGCUCUACUGCCUGCCCGAGGCCCGCGAUAUCGCCUACGGAGAGCUGCGUGAGACAUGUCUCGCGCAGGAGGGCGUCAGCAUUCCGUCGAUGGACAUAGUCGCCGGCUACACCAGGGAGCAGAUUGACGAGAUGGACCGCAUCUAUCGGAACGACACGUUUGCCCCGGGUGACAAGGUUGAUCGGCUGCUGAUUCCGGCAAGCGCCCAUUUUGCCGCCUGGUACACGACUUUGGUGCGUCGCUUCCUCGACUGCGAUGAAUAUGCCGUCGUCUGGUUCUGGGUCCUUGUCGUCGCCUUUGGUGCCGGAUACCGACUCUUCACGGCCAUCGCCUACAAGCUGAGCCCCAAAAUCCCGCAUACCUCCGUCACCGGACUGUAUGGUUCUGCGACACGAUGGCUGCGGCGCAAGGUGCUCCUCCCCGCGACCUUUGGUCAUCGCUGCGCACAGAGCAUCUGGUGGUGUACGAUACCGCCGCGCAUCCAGACCCUCACCCUGGCAGCGUUCGCCGUCAUCAACAUUUUCUUCUGCGUCCACGGCUAUCGUCUGACGGCUGUAAAUCUCUACUUCCCGAGCAAAGAGCAGCAGAUUUUCCGUUACGUCUCGGACCGCACAGGUAUCGUCUCGUAUGCCAACUUCCCCGCCAUAUGGCUUUUUGGGAUGCGCAACAACGUAGCCCUGUGGUUGACGGGCUGGGACUUUGGCACCUACAACAACUUUCACCGCUGGGUGGCACGCAUCUCGACCGCUCAGGCUGUCGUGCACUCAGUCGGCUACACUGUCUUGAUCCUCCGACACGGAGGCUGGUCCUCCUUUGCCGCGUACUGGACAAGAUGGUGGUGGUGUGCGGGGGAGAUUGCGACCGUGGUCAUGUGCUUGCUGCUCGCGUGCUCCGUUUAUUGGAUGCGGCGGCAAAAGUAUGAGCUGUUCCUCAUCCUGCAUAUCAUCAUGUCCGUCAUAAUUUUGGCCACCAUGCUGGGCCAUGUGUCCAUCUUCGACGGCUCGUACGACGGCCCAUUCUGGACCGCCGUCGUGUUAUGGCUCCUGGACAGAGCCUUGCGCCUCGCUCGUGUGUUGGCGUUCAAGCCCAAGUCGUGGUCAACGCGAGCCUCUGUGACUUACGAUGCAUCGUCCAACAUUGUGCGACUGCUCGUACCCACCGAACAGAAGAUAUACAAAGUCCACCCGGGGACAUUCUACUACUUGUCUAUCCUCGAUGUGGCGCGCAGCUGGGAGAGCCAUCCGUUCACAGUGGCGACGGUUCGUCCUGGUUAUGUCCAAGCCGAACAGUCUGGACAAUCUGAACAGGCUGAAGAGGCGCGGCUGAUUGAGAACUCUGCUGAUGCACAAGACGUGGAUGAAACGGAAGGCAAAGUUGCGUCGAAUGUUGAUGUUAUGACGUUCCUCAUCCGUCCCUACGACAGCUUCACGGAGCGGCUCAAACAUUUGGCUGCAGAAAAACAGGAAGCAUCGGCAGUACGCGUACUGGUCGACGGCCCGUACGGACACAAGAUGCCGCUGGAGCGAUUUAGCCAUAUUGUGUUCAUUGUCGGAGGCAGCGGUAUUGUUCUGCCCCUUUCAUACAUCGACCUCCUUACCGGGAAGGCCCCGGAUCCGCCAUAUGUAGACAUUCACUGGGCGGUGCGCGAGCCAGCAUUUGCCAGAGACAUCUUGCGCAACGACAUGAAAGAAGUUCUUGAGAAUAAUGGCGAGCGCGUGUCUGUCAACCUCCAUGGCCUGCCCCGCGGCCACGACGUGUUGCAAGGGGUUUCCACCCGCGUGGAGGAGAACUUUGGGCGGCCGGACGUGCACGGCAUCGUGCGGUACAAGAUCGCAGAGCAGGGCAUCGAGAGCCUUGCCGUCGUGGCGUGCGGCCCGGCCGGCAUGGCGGAUGACGCGAGAAAGGCAGUGGUGGAUGCGUUGGAGCAUUCCCCGUUUAGCAUACACUAUUUUGAAGAGCAUUUUGCUUGGUAG